GAGAUUGAAGUCACUUUUGUUAGCACGAUUGUUCGUUAGGCUUUUAAUUAUUCAGAAAGUUUUUGUUUAUAAUUAUGUGCCGUCCCGUUUUUUAUCUUUCUCAGAUUUCGGAGAAGUAAUAAAUAAUUAUGGAAUAUUGAGUGUAACGUUGAUAGCGAAACAAGCAAAUCACGUCCGGAGACCUUUGCUUGGAAUUGGAUUGGAAAGUAAAGUUGAAAGUUGAAGUUUUGAACGUCUGAAGAUUGAAGCCCAGAACUCAAAGAUGGAAGAAAAUAGAUUGUGUUCAGUAUGUUUGCAGAAGGGUACUCAGAGUAAACUACGGUUGUUUCAAAUAAAUUUUGAAGAAGCUGUGUUUCUCUGUGAAAACAAGAAUUGUUAUGACUUAUUCCCAUCAGACCUAACUACUGCUUUUGUUCGUCGUCAUGUGUCCGAAAUCACAGUUAUGGAUAGUCAUAAAAAGAAAAAAUCUUCAAAGUCCAAAUGUAGACAAGAAUUGGCUGUUACUGGUGAACCUCUAUGUGAAUUGAGUACUGACUCCACUCUGUUUACUAGUAGUAAGGAUAUACUUCAGGAUUUCUUGGAGAGCUUGGAGAAUUACAACUUCAACGCGAAAAACCAAAUUGAAGACAUUAAUACACUGGCCCAAAAUGACAGCUCGGAGUGUUGUUUGUUAGAUAGUUUAGAGGAAUGCUCUAAUAUAGGUCUUUCCUUAGUUCCUGAUCAUAGUGAAACAAUUGAACAGAAUCAGCUUUAUUCUCAGUUAACUCAUGAGAAAGAUUGGGCCAAAAUGGAAGCUUGGAAACAAGAAAAAGGUGAAGUUUCUUAUUCUGUCUCUGACAGUAUAAAUACUCAUUUGGUAACAAGCCAAGAGUCUCCUGUAGGUUCUGGAAAGUCAGUGAUGCCAAAUGGAAUUGUUGGAGAUCAAGUUCAAGAUUCAACUAAUGUUUCUUUGACUUCAGUAGAUGCAAACAAAAUGAGUUCACAACUUGUUAAUUCUUUGCCUGUUGAAGAGAAGACUGUGAAUGUCACGUCGUUUACCCCAUCUGUGGCGUUGAGUAAACAAAACAGGACUUUAAUUACAGAGUCAUGUGACUCUGACCUGAGAUUAAAAGAUGGGUAUGAUGGAACUACUACAUCGGUUAAGUUAGAUGCUGGUAAUCAGAAUUUGGAUGAGAAAGAGAAUUUUAUGGGACAAGAUAAUACAAGCUCUGAUUAUUUUACCUUACAGGAAGAUUUUCAGCCCAGAACGGAUUUAUUAGAAGUGUCCAAGGAAAUUGAAGAAGUAAUACUUAAAGAAAGUGCUAAUACAGGAGUUUUAACACAGCAAGAAAUAUGCAAGUCGAUGAGAUUUUAUCCCUUGUGGAAAAAUGUUGAUACUUUAAGUUGGUUGGAUGCUGCACUGUCUCUAAUAGUGCAUAACACAAAAUUACCUCACUAUUUUUCAAGAAGUUUAAGUUCUCGCAAAUCGAUUGUGGAGACUGUUUAUCAAUCUUAUCACUCUGUGGUAGAUUUGUUGAAUGGUCACAGGGAACAUACUGUAGAUAUUAGGUGGAACAACAGGAAAGCAAAGUUUAUCUCGGAGAGCAUGGCGAGUCUACAAAAAGAAGCUUUCAAGUAUCUGAAGAAUAAGCUGCACUCUGAGCGAGGACAGGAAGAUAGUCCCUUCUUUGCUUUAAUGUUGUUGUUAAAUGAAGACGAGUCUCUCAAAGAGGCCUUUUUAACGAAUUACUGUUGGGAAUUCAAGUGCGAGAGCUGUGAUCAUCAUAAAGUUGACAGAUUCCAGAAGACUAUUCUUACAGUUCCAAGGGUGCAGUCAGACUUUACAGUGACCAGUUGCUACCUUUUACAGCCAUGUUUAAACUGUGGAGCUGUUGAUCAGAGGAGAUAUCUUCGGAUUCAAAGUCUCUCUGAGUGUAUUGCUGUGCAUUUUGUUGAGGGUCUACUAACAAGCAGCAUCAGUAGUUACGACUUUGUACACCAGAGUGUUCAGUACAGGGUGAAAGGAGUCAUUCAGUACAAGACAAACUGUAGUCCAAAACAUUUUGUGGCUUGGAUCCGAAAUCAUGCAGAAAGCACCUGGCUAUGUUGUGAUGAUCUCCAAGGUUCUGAGGUUUCCUUCCAGGAAGAGGACCCUCAAAUAUUGGCUUCAGAAAUGCACAUUUUAGUGUGGGAAAGAGAGGAAAGUGAUGUGGUGAUGCAUGAAUAUCUUGAUCCAGGCAAAACUUUGACAAAGGACUUUAACAUUUCACGGUUGUCACCAGGUGCUCCAUCUGUUCAUUUAAUUCAAAAUGUAGUGUCGCAUCCCUCUUCAAUACAAGUUUCAGGAAGUGCCUUACCGAAAGGAACAUCUUUUGUUUCAAGAACUGUUCCACCUGACAGUACAGUUACAUCUGCCAAGCAUCAGAAAAGCAUUGACUCGUUAGCAGUCUGCAGUAAAGUUCAAGCUACACUUGUGACUUCAGACAAAACAUUUCCCAGGAAAUGUUUGACUGUAUCUCCUUCAGUGACUCUUUCAUGUAAUGACUGUCUAAAGCCGCAUCUAUCAGCUGAUUUAAAAAGUCAGAGCACAAUACCAGUUGUACAACAUGAUAGAUUAUCUUUUGAGCCAAUGUUUGAGACAAUUCCAGGUGUAAAUCCUCCAAAUAUGACAUCUUUUGUGAAUUCUCUGGUUACAUCAAAAUCUAGUGCUCAACCUACAGUCAUGACAACAUCUACUGUGAAUCCUAUUCUAUUGACAUCUGGUGAUCAGCCUUCAAUCAUGACAACAGCUACUGUGACUCCUACAGUACUGACAUCUGGCAUUCAGCCUAAGGUCAUGACACAUUCUGAUGUGAAUCAUACACUACUGGUAUCUGGUGUUCAACCUUCAGUUAUGACAAGAUCUUCUGUGAAUCCUACACUACUGAAAUCUGGUGUUCAGCCUAUGAUCAUGACAACAUCUGCUGUGAAUCCUACACUACUGACAUCUGGUGUUCAGCCUAAGAUCAGGACAACAUCUGCUGUGAAUCCCACACUACUGACAUGUGGUGUUCAGCCUAUGGUCAUGGCAACAUCUGCUAUGAAUCCUACACUACUGACAUCUGGUGUUCAGUCUAUGGUCGUGACAACAUCUGCUGUGAAUCCCACACUACUGACAUCUGGUGUUCAGCCGACAUUCAUGACAUCAUAUAUGAAUUCUACACUACUGACAUCUGGUGUUCAACCUACAAUCAUGACAACAUCUACUAUGAGUCCUACACUACUGACAUCUGGUGAUCAGCCUUCAAUCAUGACAAUAUCUACUGUGAAUCCUACACUGCUGACAUGUGGUGUUCAGCCUAUGAUCAUGGCAACAUCUGCUAUGAAUCGUAUACUACUGACAUGUGGUGUUCAGCCUUCAAUCAUGACAACAUCUACUGUAAAUUCUACAGUACUGACAUCUGGUGUUCAGCCUAUGGUCACCACAACAUCUGCUGUAAAUCCUACACUACUGACUUGUGGUGUUCAGCCUUCAAUCAUGACAUCUACUGUAAAUCCUACACUACUGACAUCUGGUGUUCAUCCUAAGGUUAUGACAGAAUCUACUGUGAUCCCUACAGCACUGACAUCUGGUGUUCAGCCUAUGGUCAUGACAACAUCUGCUGUGAAUCCCACACUACUGACAUCUGGUGUUCAGCCUUCAGUCAUGACAACAUCUACUGUGAUCCCUACAGUACAGUCAUCUGGUGUUCAACCUAUGGUCAUGACAACAUCUUCUGUAAAUCCUACACCAUUGAAAACUGGUGUUCAGUCUAUGGUCGUGACAACAUCUGCUGUAAAUCCUACACUGUUGAAAUCUGGUGUUCAGUCUAUGGUCGUGACAACAUCUGCUGUAAAUCCUACACUACUGACAUCUGGUGUUCAGCCUAUGAUCAUGACAACAUCUUCUGUAAAUCCUACACCAUUGAAAACUGGUGUUCAGUCUAUGGUCGUGACAACAUCUGCUGUGAAUCCCACACUACUGACAUCUGGUGUUCAGCCGACAUUCAUGACAUCAUCUAUGAAUUCUACACUACUGACAUCUGGUGUUCAGCCUAUGAUCAUGGCAACAUCUGCUGUGAAUCCUACACUACUGACAUCUGGUGUUCAGCCUAUGAUCAUGACAACAUCUACUGUAAAUCCUACACUACUGACAUCUGGUUUUCAGCCGACAUUCAUGACAUCAUCUAUGAAUCCUACACUACUGACAUCUGGUGUUCAGCCUUCAGUCAUGACAACAUCUACUGUGAAUCCUACACUACUGACAUCUGGUGUUCAGCCUACAACCAUUACAGCAUCUACCAUGAACCCUACAGUUAUGAAGACAGCUAGAGCAGGACCUACAUGUAUGACAUCUUGUAUGAAUCAUACUGCUGUGUCAGAAUUAUCUAGUUUGGUGUCUGCCAGCAUGAGUGCAAAAGGAUGUGCUUCUGACCUUACCCAUGAUGUAACUAUUCCAUCAACGGACUGUGGCAGUAAGUGGACAGCCAUAUACAUCAUGACCGGAGAUGAUGAUCAAGAACCUCAGCUACAUCUGUUGACUACAGUACCAGCUGAUACUAGUUCUGCUAAGGCCUUACUCGAGAGUACAGGCCUAGUUUCUAGUGAUAAAUCUGUUGGUCAACCAUAUUUUUCUGAUGUUAACUGUGACAGAAUUAGCCAGCAACUAGUAGCGAGUCAGGCUGACAGGCUUGCAUCUACAUGUAGUCGGUCUUUUCUCCAAAACCGGUUGCUGAAAAGAAAAAAAACUGAAAAAAGAAUGCUUAAUACAAAACUAGCUCAGAAAAGGAAUUCUCAUGAUACAGAAUACUUCAACAACCCUGGAAUUUCUCUAGACUUUGAUGAAAACAUAGUCCCAUUAGGUGACAACCUUAAGCCUUGGAAGACAAAGAAACUACAAAAAGUAUCAGAAGGAUCUCAGAAGACAGUAAAGCAAUUUGAACAAUUAGAAGUAACAAGAAAAGAAAACAUACUUCCCACUCAGUCUGUUCCAUCAAGUUUAGCAGAGUAUGCGGCUAUAUUGGGUUCUGUACCUAGUCCAAGUGACAGAUCCACAGCAUCAGAUGGAGAGGUCAGUCUCUUGAGCUCAUCGGGAAUAUUUGAUUGUGGCUCAACAGAUGUCAGUUCUUCAGAGAGUGGAAGCAAGAAAACAUCUUUAUCAAAACAAUUUUUUGUGAAGCAAAUUAAAACUUUGGUGAAAGGAAAGUGUAGAAGCAGUGGUUAUGAAGGUUACAAGCCCAAAUUAACCCCAGUAAGAACUUCCCCUACUAGUCGCAAGAGGAAGACGAAUUCCACAGCAUUGUUUAAUGAAGUACGCUCAAAAUGUUUAAAAAGUAAUGAAAUAGCACAAGAUGAAGGUAGUCAUUUGGUAAAUAAAAUCAAGCAGAAUUCUAUUUGGAGUGAUAAUAUAAUAACAGAACUGUUUGGUUAGAUUUUACGGUUUUGUCCUGGUCAGAUCUGUUCCAGUUAGAAAUUCAUGGCUAUAUAUACAUUGUGCAAAUAUUUUCACGACUAUGUCACUCCCAAAUCUGUAAUACGUUUGGAUCAUCAUGUUUUCAAAGUUAAAAACUUGUGUGUGUAUAUUAAUAGUUUAUUCUGUUGUCAAUUAUUUCCACUUUUCUAUGAAAAACAUCCAUAAUUUUUAUACUGAUUGAGCUACAGAAGUCUGUGAUACUAGUACAAACCAGCAAUAAUAUCUGUUUAAAUUACGUUUUAUUUCUAGUA